GCAUGUACUGCCCGCAGUUGUUGGUGGAAAGCUGUGGGGUUUAGCUGUUGGGUAUAGCUCAUUUGUCUGCCUGCUCUGCGUUGAGAAGAUGGCCCUCGUUUUGAACAAGAAGUACAAACUGGCUUCUAGCGAGAACUUCGAUGAAGUCAUGAAAGCUCUAGGUGUGGGACUGGUUGUCCGCAAAAUGGGAAAUGCUGUGAGUCCUGUGAUUGAACUGACGCAGAAUGGGGAUGAAUACACCCUUACAUCACAAUCCACAUUCAAAAAUACAACCAUCACUUUCAAGUUGGGAGAAGAAUUUCAAGAGGAGACGCCAGACGGUCGCUCAGUGAAAACUACCAUUACCCAGGAUGGCAACAAAUUGGUCCAGGUGCAAAAGGGAGAGAAGGAAACCACCAUUAUUAGAGAAUUUAGUGAUGAUGAAGUUAAAAUGACCCUGACAGUAGAUGACAUUGUGUGCACAAGAAUCUACAAGGCCGUUUAAGACUGAAGUGAGAGUGAGCGAGAGAGAAGCUACAGCUGUCCUGUUACAUGUCUCUGUGAAUGCCAAGUUUUGAUCUUGCUUCGUAAGAUGGAAUAUACGUGUAUCUCCUAUGCUGUAAAACUGGACAGUGUAGAUGUAUUAAAUGCUGUAUAAAUUACAGUUUGAAGUUCUGGCAUGGAAUUUGAUAACAUGUUAUGAUUGAUAAUAUUCACAUUUUACACAUUGCUUCAUAAUUUUUAUGAGUGAUUUAGCAUUAUUCUACAAUAUAUUGUUUUGAAUUUAGCUGAAUAAUGUUACAAAUUCUGAAGUGAAAUUUUGUCUCUUGUUUCAAAUAAUUUAUUGCGUCUGGUAGAAGGGUUAUAUAUAAAGAAGAGAAGAUUUAAAUUAAAUUUUGAAUCAUAUACACAUUUCCUCUAAUGCUGAUGGAGAAUUAUGGUAACGUUGAAUCAUUUUACAGGGAAAAAUAAUUGAACAGUAAUUGUAUUUAUAAAGCAUUUUAUGAUAUAAUUGUUAGUCAUGGUGUUAAGACUGCAUUUCUGAUACAUGUGCACAAAUCAAUUUUUUUGUAUCCAUUUGAAUAUUGGUAUUUGGAAAUAAAAAGUAUUUCAAGUUGUCUAA